UAUGAAUAAUCCUUACUCACUAACAGUCUUGCUGAAUUAUGUAGGGGUUUUUGCAUUAGAAAAAAAUAAUUUGUGUAAAGAUCAGUACUACUGGGCCCUUAAAUAUUUACAAACACUCAUCAAAAUUAUCUUAUGAGGGAAACUGAAGAACCAUCUGGUAUCCCCGUUAUUUAAUGCUCCCUGUUUUUCCUAACUAUGUGUAGAAGUCAGCAAAUAUUAGCAUUUUCUUUCUUAUCUGAGGGCAGCCAAAUUACCUUCUCCUUAUCCUUUAAACUUACAUACUCCGUCCUAACAGAGGACUAAUCCUUUCACUUCUACUUAUGUAAAAUGGACAGGCGAUGCCACUAAGCCAGUCAGCAAAUCUGCUGCUGGGUUUGUUCAAGGACCAAAGUUUCUUUCACCUAGAAUAAUAAUAUAGUCUUUCUUCUGCACACAACCACCAUGACAUCAGCAGUAUUUCAGUCCUUAAAAAUCUGCAACAUUUUUAACAGCAAGUAGCUGUGCAUCCCUUUAUAGUAAUUUUCCCCAGAAAAAAGGACUCUAUUCUCCUCUCCAGAGAUAUACUAAACACCCACUUUUUAACUGCAGUUGUAAAGCUAGCUGCUCUCAGGAGUGAGUCUUUGAAUACAAACUUGCAAACCAGCUACACAUGUGUAGCUGGUCAAAAAACUUUUUAUGAGGUGCAAUUUCAACAAUGACAAAAAAGUAUUUCUUUCUUUUUGUGAGGUUCUGUUUUCCUUGGCAAUUACACUUAAAUCAUUAUGAUGAAAGACAUCCUGGCUAAUGCAGUAAGUUAAGUUAUGCAUGCUAAGAUCAGUCUUCUCUUAUAUUGCUGUGAUAUUUAACAAUGCAUCAGUUCAUUCCACAAAGCAUCACUAGAGGUUCAAUUUUAAAGGGAAAUGACUGGGUAUUUUUUGUUUGUUUGGUUGGUUUGGUUUUGUUUUGUUUUUGCCUUUUUGGGGGGGGGUGUCAAGCCAAAUGAAAAGCAGAUCUGAUAACCCUUUUUUUUUUUUUUUUUUUUUUUUUUAAGAUUAAAAGAAUAUUUAACAAUAGCAAAUCACUCCAAGGAAGUUUGCAGUGCUGGUAAUGUGGAGUAUUGCAACCAAGUGCAUAUCCAGCUGUCAUAUAUCUAUAUACUAAACAGUAAAAAUAUGAACACAAGCUGUAUUUGAAGAAAGGGAUGCUGCACAUUAGAUUUUGGGUUCGGGUUAUCAACAAUGAUUAAUUUUUUUCUAUUUCCUUAAAAUGAAUCUAAGUCGGUUUCAGCUAGAGGAAUUCAGAAAACUCACAAAGCCUGAAAAUUGUUUCCCAUUGCAAAUAAUACAGGGCUGUAAUGCAGUCAUGGCUUCUUCAGUCAGUUUCACCAGCUUUAUGACACAAUCAAACAUACUGCAAAAACAAAUGCAUGCUCACACACUAUGUAUUUUUUUUUAAAUGAUUGUGUCUUCAAAGCUGGGUUGAGUCAGUCAGUGUGAGAAUUGUGUGUAAGGAAUUCAUGAAAGUGAUUUUUAUCAAGGUGCUUUUUGUAUUUAUUUUCCCUUACAUUUAUAAGAAUUUUAAAUGAUUGACAUACACAUAAGUGUUCAUGAGCCAAUUUGUAAAUAUUCUUAGGAGAAAAAAGAGCAGGUUUUGCAAUAGUACAAAGGCUUGGUCCUGCAUUAUCUUGCUAAUAUGAUUCAGAUAGAUUACUCAGAGAGGUAAAUAUUUACUUGGGUAGAAACUUCCAGGACUGGGGUUCAAUGAUGAAAAAUUACAUUUAGUAAUGUAUUAGUUGCAUGCCUUUCCUCUGUCCCCCUUCCCUCGAAAGACCACCUGUCUGUGGCUAUAGCACUGGUCCUUCUGACCUAGAAGUUUCUUUUUGCCAAUGGCUGAUACGGAGAUAAAACAGUUUUGUAUAGUUAGAGGCAAAAGAAGCAGCCCACAGGAAAUCAAUGCCAAUUCUGUUCCGUGCAGCAUCGUAGGCAGCUUUCCUCUCAAAGCAAACCAGCUAAGAUGGAUCUUUCUAAAACCCAUCUACCCAGGUGCUCUCAACUGGAGACAGGCAACAAAAUUCUUUUCUGCACGAAAUGAAUAAAAAGUUUACUUUGCAGAGCCAGAACAGAAAAGUACUCAGCAGAGAAUGUAUGUUUGAGUGAGAGAUGCUACCAAUUGGUGAUGUUUCUUAAAGUCUGGGUUAUGACAGGCCGUGCAACUGCUGCAACACAGCACAUUUCACAGAAGCCCCUCUUGCAGAAUAGAGAGAGAAGAAUGUUCUUCCUCGCAAGAACCGUGGUAGACCCGAAGCAGGAUGUGAAAAACUGGAUCAUCACAAAAGGCUGGUGAGGUUGAGCACAGCAUCAAUUCACCUAUCAUAGCAAGUAAUAUACAAUGGCAAUGACAGAUGUUCACUCAGAUGAGCAAAACAAUUAACCCGAUUCGUACUUUGCUGGGGAACCCGGUGGGCACUGGGGGGAGCAGAAGCACACUCUGAAGGCACCCCACGGUGCUCCCGACAGGCAGGGCUAUCUCUCGCCGUCGGCCCGGCGCGGGCAACCCCGGCCCUACCCCUAGAGCUAGAGGGUGACAGCCACAAGCAGCCCCGGGAGGGAGACGGGCGGCAUCACCCCCCGCGGGCAGCACCUCCCCGCUGUGCGGUGGGAGCGAGAGGGAGGUCUCCUCCUUCCCUGCCUCCCCGCCCCGCUCUCUCCUCCCUCCCUGCUCGCCUGCCUCCGUGCCCGCAGCCGCAGCGCAGGGGCCGGGAGCGGCGGCGCGGCAGGCACACCUCCCGGCGGGCGCCCGGCGGAGCAGCAGGCGGGCGGUGCUGGCUGCGCCCGGCCCCGCCGCGCCGCCCGCAGCCCCGCCCGGCGCUCCCAUGGCGCGGCGGCCCCGCGCCAGGUGAGCAGCGCUGCCUGUUGCGCCGAGCCGGGCGGAGCGCGGCCGAGGCGCCGGGGCCGCACGCCCAGAAGUUUUGCGGGAAGGCGCCGCGAUAUGAGUGGCGGCGCCCCGCGGAUGCGCUGGGUGGGGGGCGGCAGCGCCGGGAGGAAACUCGACGGGGAGGGAGCGGGGGGAGCGCUAUCGGCGCCGGUGCCUCCGAGGGGCCACCGCCGUGCCGUGCCGAUCGGCGAGGGCCACCGGAGAUGCCCCCUCCCUCAGCCCGUGCUGGCGAACCCCCGGUGUCCGCAUGCUUCUAAGAAGGGUAUUGACCAUGAGGAAGCCCAUGUGUUAGUAACCAGCUGUUACUAAUCCUGCUGAAGAAAAUGAAGCCACGUUUCAGCUUUGCCCAUCCUUUUCCCACCCUGUUGGCUGAAUGAGAAGUGGUCGUGUGAUUAUGCUGACAGCCCAGCAUGCAUUUGGUAGACCUGUGGUUAACUCGUUCCCUCUCCAUGUGUCUGCUCUUACAAAGUUUUGUCCUCAUGAUACUGUGCUUUCAUUCUGCCAGUAUGUGCCCGAAAGGCUGCCUCUGUUCCCACUCCGGAGGCCUGAACGUCAGCUGUAGCAACGCAAACCUCAAGGAAAUACCCAGAGAUCUUCCUCCAGAAACAGUCUUACUUUAUUUGGACUCCAAUCAGAUAACAUCUAUCCCCAACGAAAUUUUUAAGGACUUGCACCAAUUGAGAGUCCUCAAUUUAUCAAAAAAUGGGAUUGAGUUUAUAGAUGAACAUGCCUUUAAAGGGGUGGCAGAAACCUUGCAGACUCUGGAUUUGUCCGACAACCGGAUUAAAAGCGUGCACAAAAACGCUUUCAACAACCUGAAGGCCAGGGCCAGAAUUGCCAACAACCCCUGGCACUGUGACUGCACGCUGCAGCAGGUGCUGCGGAGCAUGGCCUCCAACCACGAGACGGCCAACAACGUCAUCUGCAAGACCUCUGUGCUGGACGAGCACGCGGGGAGACCCUUCCUCAACGCUGCCAACGAUGCCGACCUCUGCAACCUCCCCAAAAAGACUACUGACUACGCCAUGCUGGUCACCAUGUUUGGCUGGUUCACCAUGGUGAUCUCGUACGUGGUUUACUACGUCCGACAGAACCAGGAGGAUGCAAGGAGGCACCUUGAGUACUUGAAAUCCCUGCCAAGCAGGCAAAAGAAACCAGAUGAAGCCGAUGACAUUAGCACUGUGGUAUAGUAUUCUGAAUACAAUGACUGCCUUUGUGAUGGAAACUAGAGUUGGAUGACGCUAAAACCAGAGGUUUACUUCUAACGUUCAUUGUAAACAUUAAGACUUUUGGGGCUUUUUUUUUUCCUGUUUAACUGAAUUACGCCACUGUUGAGCUUUCUAACGGAAAGUUUUGUCCGGGUGGUAAAUUUCAAUUAUUUCUCUGGUGGUAUCCUAAAGCAAGUGAAUUAAUAUGUAAACAUUAGUUUAGACCCAUUCCACUAUUUAAUAACGAAAUUUAUUUUUUUAAUUUAAAAACCAAAUAAAAGCUUAAAUUUGAACCAUGUAAAGCAGAGUAAUUUAUUGAUCAGAAACCUGUCCAGUGCCAGAGCACUCUUGGCUUGUUCAGUGCUUGUGAGGUAGAAGAGAGGAGCGAUGAUGAAGUGGGCUGUGAGAGGUCCAGGACUGCAGAGUCCCCAAAGGGCACAUCUCACCCAUGGGUGCGAGGUGAGCAGCUGGUGAAGGGUAGCCCGUUUUGUGGGCUGCCUGCCGUGGUGGGAAAGGGGCACAGCGUGGGCAGAGCAGAGUGGCAUGGCUCUCAGUGUAAGGGACUGAUGCUUGGUUAACUUCUCGGAGGGCGUUUCGGCAGUGCUGGGGAAGAGGCAACCUGGAGGAACUUCACCUCAGGACAUCGAAGAGAGGUAAGCCAGGGGCACAUGGUGGUCUUCAUCCUACACCCACUUACUGCCUUGCAUGAGCUUCAGACAGGUGACUUCAGCACUGGCGAGUACAGCAGG